UUUGGUUUUUUACAUUGAAAAUAAGACUUAUUAUAAUUUUAUUUUUUGAUAAAAAAUAUUAUUAUGCUGAUAACACAUAUUACUAAAUCCUCAUAUAAGUUUUCAGCGUAUUAUUAGGAUUUAAAAUUAAAGUUGAGUAGAAACCAUACUAGAUGGCGCUGCCAGCUGCUCCAAUUUAUUUCUUGACAAUCAAAUGUCAUUAGACCAUCCCGCUCAUCAUCCUUCACGCAUCCCGCUCGCACAAACUAAAACAAUUAAAUUCAUAAUCAUAAAAAUUACGUACGUGCAUAUAACUUAGUGUUGUUCUGUGAGUAAAUAUCAACAAGGCUCAAAAAUGGUGUAAAUUAGCGUAUGCGUUAUGGAUCUUUCGAUCUUUUAGCGCUCGAAGUGCUAAACAAUAAGUCAUCAUAACAAGGUAACGAAGAUGUUCUCGUAAAACAAAAGGCGUCCUUCACACAUUAGUGAGGCUCAUUUGUUUGAAUUAGUUAUCUGAACACGCCCCCGAUAAAGAGGUGAUUACUGGUAUCAUGUAAGUACAGCACUCGGCUCUCCGCUCACGCAUAACACAGGUGGUGGUCGCUUAUAAUAUCUAACUUUCCGGACAGGGACUAACUACGCUAAGCUUACUAAUUUAAGCUCAACAUGGCUAAUACGAAGAUUAGACGUAAAAAGAAUAAAGAUGAUAAAUCAACAGGUAAGCGAAUGAAGAAGACAAUGAGACUUGAAGAAGUUGAAGAAUUGAAGUUUUUAUCCCAUGAAGAAAGAAUACAAUAUCUUGUUAAAAAUGCUCACUUAAUUAAAGACGAAAUUUUUAAUGAUGCGGCGUUGAAGAAGAACAAAUUGAAAAAGGAAGCAUUGGUCAGAAAGCCUCGAGCUAAAAAUGAUAAACUUAUAUCGAAAACUGGGAAACUCAAAAAUAGAAAUAAGAACAUUAAGUACAUGGAUUCCAUUUUAAUGAGUGAACUUCUUAUCAAGCAAGCUCCUAGAGCUAAGAAAAAAAACAGUGGAGAUAACAACAAUGAUAAUGACUUAAGUGACCAAAACAACAGUGACUGCUCAAAACGUAAUCCAAAUGCAAGUGAAAGUGUUGAAAGUACACAAAAUAAUGGUGAAAUAAUUGAAAUUACUAUUGACACAGAUAAGGCAAUUAAUCUCACAGAGGUAGCCCAAAUAAAUGUCAAAAAUGGACACAAAAUUUCUACUAAGAAAAAGCAGAGUAUGAGUAAAAAUCAAAAUACAGACAUGGUUGAAAUUUGUAUUGAUACAAGCAAUCCUGUUAUUCCACAAGGACCAGCUAACGAUGAAAAGAAAGCUACAGGGAAAAGAAAAAAAACUAUCCUCGCAGAAAGACUGGAACGAAUGAAGACAGUUAAACUUAGCAACGGAGUUUCACUUUCUAUGGAAUAUUAUCAAUGUGAUCAUUGCCGAACAAAGUUCUGCACAAAAUCUUCUCUGCAGAGACAUAUGCUAAUGCAUCUGAAUUUAAAACCAUAUGCCUGUCCGGACUGUCCCAAUAGACAUUUCCGGCAGCGAGGAAACUGGAGAGCUCACAUUCGCCGGAGACACCCACAACUUUUCAUAAACAUUAAAUAUGAGUGCCUAGUUUGCAGAAAACCGUUUGUCUCGCUUGAAGACUUAAAGUGCCAUAAAAAGGAGCAUGUAAAUAUGAAAAAGAAGCGAUACACAUGUGUGUUUUGCGAGAAAGUCUUUAAAGAGAAGUCACUGUUAGCAGACCAUGAGAAGCAUCACAUGGCACCGGGGCGAUACAAAUGCUCCAUGUGCUCUAUGAGCUAUGACUCCCGUGUACUAUAUUCUGACCAUUUAAAAACGCAUGCAAAAGUCGAUGAUAAAUUUCAUUAUUCUUGCCAGUAUUGUGGGAAAUCCUACUUAAGGCCCAGUUCCAUUGCAAGGCAUAUCCGAGUUAGCCACGGCGGUAUGAGGAUGCAGUGUCCAAUUUGUAACAAGUUGUUGAAAGGGCACCUAACUGAACAUAUGAGAACACAUGAAAAUGAGAGACCGCAUGAAUGUGAUGUGUGCGGGCAGAAAUUCACACAGUCGACCCAGCUGACAGUCCACAAGCGCUCCCAUACUGGUGCUAGACCAUAUCCUUGCCGAAUCUGUAAGCAACCCUUUUCACACUCUAACGCUCUAAUGCUCCAUAUAAGACGGCAUACUGGAGAAAAGCCAUUUGCCUGCGCCAUGUGCCCGCAAACAUUCUCUCAACUACCACAUAUGAAGGCACAUAUGCGCAGCAUACAUAGUAAAACUGAAUUCUACAAAUGUGCUAAGUGUAACACGUUUUUCAAGCUUAAGGCUCUGCUAGAAGCGCAUGUAGAAGAAUGCGGGGCUGUUGAGAGCCUUAAGAAACCGGAAAACAGCAUGCUGGUGUCAAAAAUGAGGUUCCAUCUCGCGCUACUUUUCACUAUGAUCGCCUCUAAAGAAAAGCUGAAUGACCUAGGUUUCAACAAGCGACUGAUCGACGAUAUACUCGUCGACUCGAUCGAGGCCAUGGGCUUAGCGCCCUGCAAAGACAAGACUAUGCCACCGUAUUCCCGUCUGAAGAUCAACGCGCUCAUGCUGCUGCAAGGUACCGUGCCUAAGCCACAGAUGGCGCUGUUCGUCAAGGAGGAGAAAACGACGGAGGAGAUAUUGGAGUUGUUGACUGAUGUUAUGAAUUAGUAAUAGGUUACUUGUUGGGUGUAUUACAGUAAGGAUGCUACGCAGGAAGAAUUUCGUACGUACAUUGACCCGCCUGUUCCUAUCUCUAUCGCAUAAUGAUUUAUUUAUUUCAAAAUUAGCGUAAAGUAAUAAGUAACAUUAAUAUAAAUUAACUUAUUUUAAUAAUAAAUAAAUAAUUUGGGGGACAAUCUUACACAAGUUGACCUAAUAGCCCCAAACUAAGCAAAGCUUGUACUAUGGGUGUAUGGGUACUAUGCGACUAUAUACAUACGUAUAUAGAUAAAUACAUAUAUAGAUAGAAAACAUCCAUGACUCAGGCUCAUUCAUCACACAAAAAAUGCCCAUACGGGAUUCGAACCCGGGACCAUAGGCCACUAUCCACUAGGCCAGACCGGUACAUGAACCCCGCGGUCAAUGCGACUGCGCGAGCGGGACAGCAAUAUAAUUCUGCGCGUGCGAUAGAGAAAGGAGCAGGCGGGUGAAUGUACCAAAUUCUUCUUACUAAUUAUUCGAUAUUACAAAUUUGACAAAUUCAAUAAUUAACACCAGCCGUUACUAUACCCCGUGUGCCGUUUGGAUACUUUAUCAGAGUACUAAUUUUACAAAACUUAACUGUUCCGUUUGCUAGAGUCAAACCAAGAUAAGUUAGCAGCGAUUUUAAUAGCCCAGCCUGUGCAAGUGUUAAAUUUUAAUAGCCCAGCCUGUGCAAGUGUUAAGUAAACGUCAUAAUUUCAUAGAUGUUUAACGUUUAAAAUAACACUUGCACAGUCUGUGCUGCCAAACUCGCUGCCAACAUGGUCUGACUCUAGUUCUACGUAAUUUAAUGAAGAGUGUAUAUUAAUGUAAUAAGUGUAAUUGAUGAAAAUAAUAACGUUGGGUCAAGGCGGCAUUUAAAGUUUACUAUUAAAAUUAACCUCAUUUUGAAAUCUCAUGCAAAAAAAAGGUUAUGUAAAAUUCGAAUGCCGAUGCAAUAAUCACGCAAAUAAUAUUAUUACCAGUUCUUAACCCUUUCACGCACGAUGCCACGAUGGCACGAUGACGCGCCACGCCUAUCGUGCGCGGCGCGUUAUCGUGAACCUUGUCAGAAUGCACGAAGGUCGUCAAGGUUGAUAUUGAGCUGCCGCGCGCGUCAAUGGACGUCUUUGGCGGUCAAAGGGUUAACGUUCAGACAUUAGCAGAAGUAGUUAAGCGGGCGAGGUGUUUGAACACCAAAUUUUCACUAAGUAUAAUUUAGAAUACCACCUUGCUUUGAGUGUAAGGCCUGAGUGGGCGCUCUAGUUGGGCGUGCGGCGUGCAUGUUCAACAAAUGCGAACGUAUAGGAUCGGCCUUAGUGCACGCUGCUCACAUCACUUGUGAGCCCGACGCCACGCUGCACGCCCCGCCGAACGCUCCGCUUCGAGCGUCCACUCGGGCCUUACAUUAACCCUUUGAACACCACGCCUAUCUUGUGCGGCGCGUCUCAUCGUGAACUUUGUUGGAAUGCACGAAGAUUGAUCUUUCUUUGGUCUUUGGCAGUCAUAGAGUUAAAAGGAUAAAAAUUGUCGCCGAUAAUCGCAUGCAAUUCGCAAUACAUUGCGGCAUUUGAUCGAUCGAUUCAAUUCGUUGCUAAUACUUAGCUAGCAAUGAUCUAAAAUUGCAUGCCAUUUGUUGUAAGUAUUGCAACGUUUUUAGAAGACGACUUGUGGACAUUUGACACUUAGCCCGCUUAUAGAUUGUACAUAGAGUAGGGUGCUUCUUGUAUUUAAUAAUACAAGCAGCUUACAUCAGAAUAGCAUUUUGUAGCCUUUAUGUUUUUAUCACCAAAAAUAUAAAAAAUAAUCAUAUAAUCAUAAAUAGCAGUAGAUUAUUGUGCAUCACAUAUAACUAAUUUUAUAUUAUAAGCAUAAAUUUUAAGACUAAUCUUAGCUAGCGACAAGACCAAAGCUUAAUGGAAGAUAUUAGAGAUAUAGAUAUUUAAACUUAUUUAUAUAUAAUUUAUAUAAUGAUGGUUGUAUUGCAUGCUAGAGUAAGUUAUCUAAUUAAAAAGUAAGGUAACGGUUUUAUUAAUAUUCUAAACUUUGUUUUUAUAUCCCAUUUACUAAAGUAAGGACGCUAAACACGAGGAAUUCCGUACAUUAUCCCGCCUGUUUCUAUCUCUAUCGCACACGCAUAAUUAUAUUGCUAUCCCGCUCGCAGUCCUUACUUUAAAAUGACAGGUCGAUUUCCCAAUUUGUCCAACCGAUCUGUCAUUUUAGUAUCUUGAAUAUAAAAAUAAAGCUUAAUAUAACUUGCCAUGAGACUACAAAUUAAGUGAUUAGUCCAAAGAUGAUCGUCUUGCAUUUUAAUUAUUUAUUGUAGUUUUAAUAUUUUCAUUCCGUCGUAUGAAUGAAUGUGCCAUUGUUUGUUAUUGGUAACUAUUUUAACUAUUACAAUAUUGAUAUUUUAUUUUUAUGUAAUGUAUAAUUUUAUUCGUUUCUUGUAAUUGUUUUUGAAUUUUUAUGUGUAAAUUGCAAUUAGUAGACGCUGAUGCGAUCUCAAAAAUUAACAUUUAUAACCAAAUUAACAAUUUUAUCAACAAAAAAAAAUAUAUUUUAAAAAAGGCCUAUUCUCGCAUACCUAUUUAUUAGUGCUGUAACUACAUACUAGAUUAAUUUAGCGAAAAUAGGACCGUAGUUUCUUGAAAAACAAAUGGUGUCUAAUUUUAAUAUGAUAAAUAGUACCUUAUACAGGUCUGCUAUCUAUCUAUCUUAUAUAGGUUAGGUAUGUAUCUAUUGAAAUUUAUAAACACCACUUUUUUAAUUUGGAUAUUUUAAAUAUAUUUCCGCUUCAGAUUUCGUAUCAGAUAGCUUUUUCGAUGUUAAUGAGAUAAAAAGUGUACAAGGUUUUUUUUUCCAUUCUGGUCCAUUUUGAAUAGACAUUUUAUAACGUCCACCUAGUACGGAACGAAAAGUUUGUGUACAUUUCUAUACACUUUUUCACCAUUAAAAUUAGGAUCGAAAGAACUUGUGAAUCUGUGUAG